GGGUAGGGAAACCGUCAUUUUCCUAUUCACCCUGUGACAUCAGCCACCUUCUCUGUAGCUACAGUUUCUCUUCACUCAAAUUAAUCCCUGGCGAUGAAAAAUGAGCCUCUCCCCCACCCCUGCUGCCGCCCUUCUCCUCACGCCCCCAGAGAAGAGUUUCUUCUUCGUGUGGCGGCCGGUGAAGGUUUUUUUCCAAGUCACAUGAUCCAGGAUGCAGGGGGAGAAUCCUUCUUGGAACAGAGAUGGGCCCAGACCGACUCAGAUGAGGAGAGAUAAGGUGUGAUGUGGGGAAGGCUAUAUAAGAAUGGACCCAGGGCUCCAGCAAGCAUUCAACCCACUGGCCCCUUCUCAAGACACAGCCAUGCAUGUGCCCGCAGGCUCCGUCACCAGCCACCUGGGAACCUCCAGCCGCGGUUACUUCUAUUUCACCACGGCCUCGCUGGCUCUGUGUCUCGUCUUUGCCGUGGUGACCAUUAUGGUGCUGGUAGUUCAGAAGACGGACUCCAUUCCCGACCCACCAGGCAAAUUUCACCUUAAAGGAGGGAACUGCUCAGAGGACAUCUUAUGUAUCCUGGAAAGGGCUCCGUUCAAGAAGUCAUGGGCCUACCUCCAAGUGUCAAAGCAUAUAAACAAAACCAAGUUGUCUUGGAACAAAGACGGCAUCAUCCAUGGAGUCCGAUAUCAUGAUGGGAACCUGGUAAUCCAGUUCCCUGGUUGGUACUUCAUUAUUUGCCAACUGCAGUUUCUUGUGAAAUGCCCGGAACAUUCUGUUGAUCUGAAGUUGGAGCUUCUUAUCAAUGAAAAUGUCAAAAAGCAGACACUGGUAACAGUGUGUGAGUCUGGGGUGCAAACCAAAAGCAUAUACCAGAAUCUCUCUCAAUUCUUGCUGGAGCACCUCCAGGUCAAUACCACCAUAUCAGUCAACGUGGAUAAAUUCCAGUACGUGAAUACAAACACCUUUCCUCUUGAGAAUGUGUUGUCCAUCUUCUUAUACAGCAGCUCAGACUGAAGCAUCUCUCCUGACUUUCGGGAAGAAAGCAACGCUCUACCACACAGCACUUCAUCCAUCCAGACACUUGGGGAAAAAAGCAAACUUUAGACCCAGACUGAAACCACAAAGGGAAUUACAUAGUACACUUCUCCUUCUGUCUCUUGGGAAGAUACAGCUCCAGGUUAAAAAAGAAAGAGUUCUGUGUGAAGUCUCUUUCAGAUAGAAGACAGGGAAGCCAUGUGGUGAGCUGGACAGAGCCCCACAUGGGAAUCGGAAGGGAUGGACUCAGGCCCAGCCCUGCCGCUAACUCACUGUAUGACCUGGAGCUGGGCCUCUCCCUCCCUGGAACUCAGGACCCAUGCCUGAAAAAUCAAGGGACAGGGCCUGAAUCUGUCCAAAGUCUCUUGCAUCUCAGAAGACCAGGCUUUCUCGUCACAGACCUGCGAACUAAGAUUCCAGCACUGUUCUCAAAGACCCCAACCAAAAGAAAGCUCCCAUCCCCCACUGGGAUAAACCAGGUAUUAGUAAUAUCUGUCUGCAUGUCACCUCAGCCGAGCCAGGCUCUGGGGACACCAUGACAAAUGGUGUGAACUGUAGGAUCUAAGAUGCAUAAAACUGACCAUCCCGAAUCUCAUACCUCCGGGAUAUUUGGAAAACCAUCUGACCAGGCUUGAUUCCACUCAAGUUAAGACUGACAGUAUGUUAACGACAGCUUUUGUUUCCUGUCAGCAAAGGGCCACGCAUUCAGCAAGCACUCAAUUAGUGUGCUGCCGUCAAGGUGAUCAGUCAUUUGGUCAGAGAAGAGCUGCUGCCAUCACCCACAUAACCUCUUUCUGUUCCCAGCUUCAGACACUGCUCAGGAAACCACUGCUGUGGAGCGUUUUUAAGGCCCCACGGCACUGCUGAUAGACAGGGGUGACUCUGGAAAUGGGGAGAAGGACUUCGGAGUGCUGGCCACCUCCUCUCCUGACUUGGGAAGCUGAGACACUGCAGCCUAUGUUCACAUUUGUCUUCGAAGAAGCACUGUUUGUUUGAGAGAAGGACCACUGACUUGAAAUAGAAGCUCCUAUGGUUUUGCUUCAGAAGGAAAAGGGACCCUUAACUGCUAUGCAAAAGAAUGAGCGAGCAAAAUUUGCAUUUUCCUCAAACAGAGGAGAGAAAAGAAAGGAGCCAGAACUCAGGAAAGUUUGUCAGAGAAAGACUAGCAAAGACUUCAAAGGAGAACAAAAGAUGGUAUGAAUGAGAGGGCUUUGG